GCUUUCAAGUUUUCAACUUCUAACAGAAAUAAGCAGUGACACUGUGGUGCCAGCUCCACCAGUCCCUGUGAAUAUUUCCCCCGGUGUAGACAGGCUGGUAGAGGAUGAGAGGUGAAAGUGAUGCAAUGUUCGUUUGCACCUGUGACACCCCCUCCCGCGGACAACACAGACACACACACACACGAACCUGGCAGCAGCCUACCGAAGAGUAGGACGCUCGAGCCAUUGGGUGGAGCAGCGGCGUCGCGUGCUGCGGAAUACAUUGAGUAGGUCGUUAAGGCUGCGCGCGGUUCGGCUGCAGAUGCAGGUCGCUGAGUGGGAGCGCGAGGCGGGGGGAAAUGGCGAACAGGCGCGCGCGGCGGUGCACCUUUUGAGGAUAUAGUAGGCACCGGGAGCGCAGGCAGGCAGAGAGGCAGCUCGAGGACAGAGAGGAGAAGCAGAGGAACCAUGGAGGACUCGGAGCCCGCAGAGGACGGCUUACUCGCGGGCUUGCGGUGGAACAGGAGCGCAAGAGACCAAGCUCAGCUGAAACACAAAAUCCGGGAUCUGCCGGGACUACUGAAGCACGGGCUGCACCUGCGGAAGAAGAGCCAAUCACCUGACACAAUCCCCGGACCGAGCACUGGACCUGCUGUACAUAAGUCUUGUUCCCAGAGUUUUCCAUGCGCUGGUCGGGCUGUGAGGAAUGCUUUCUUGUCACAUGGACCAUACCCAGCGAAGGACAAGAUACACCUGGCCAGAAUCAUACGGCGUAGCUAUGUGGGAGUGGAGCUGGUGCAGUGGCUGUGUGAGCAAUGUGUGUAUGUGCGCUGUCGGACUACUGCUGUGCGUGUCUGGCAGGUGCUGCUGGAGCUGGGAGUCCUGCUGUCUGUGGACCAGCGGGUGGUGUUUUCAGACUCCAACUCUUACUACCAGUUCAGCUUUGAGGAGUGUGACUCUCCCUCCUGUGAAUUUCGUUACAAUGAGGGGGAGUGGCCAGAGGCUGUUAAGCUCCUCCUACAACUCGCUCCAUAUGUCCAAUUUCGCUCAGGAGGUGGAGCCAAUAGUCCGUCAGAGGAAGACUCUGAAGGCAACAGGGACAUCUGCAGUGAGAUCCUUCAGAUGAAAGCUCUUGAGAGACUCACUUCUACGGUUCAAAGUGAGUUGGCGGCUGCUCUUGCGCGAAAGACACGUAAAGCUUUGUCAGAGCAGGACUCUGAGACAGCAGAGACGAGCCACCAGGAGCCUCGAACGCCCAGCGAGGAGAGCAGUCCGCUGGGAGGUGUGUGUACUUUGCGGGACAGCAGCAGCAGCGGCGGUGGAGGGAUGGGCACCGUGUGCGGCCGUGAGGAGCUAACCAGCCGGCUCGGGCUGGAGGCCGUUCAGCGGCUGGCCAAAGACGGCUGUCGGCUGCUGCAGAACCACAACUACCGUCUACCCGACAGGAACCAGGCGGAGGCAGUAGGAAGGGUUUGUCUAAAGGAGAGAGGUCGGGACGUAUUGGUGUUGCGGAGAGUGACAUCAUCAGUGACAUCGCCAUCAGACAGGCCCUCACCAACAUCGUCCGGGGGCGGGUCCAGAGAGGAGGAUUGCGACAAGAGGUAUGUGGUGGUGUCCGGAACGCCGCUCAAGAUUUUGGAGCAUCUGCUAAGUGAUCUGCGAUUGGAUGACCAAAGAGGGGCACCAGAGAACAAGGAGAGCGAAAUGCUGCUGGAUGAUUUCCUGUUAACGUAUCUGGUGUUCAUGUCCACUCAUGACCUCUGUCAGGCCCUGCUGGGACACUAUAGCACCGCACGCUGCAGGGGCCAGGAGGAGGGCAAAGAUGCCCUCUUCAGGAAACGUAAAGUACUGCAGCUUGUUUCCCACUGGAGCAGACUUUAUAAGGAUUUCCUAAAGGAAGAGGAGCACGUCAGGAGCUUCAUGAAGACUCUGUACAGGUGUGUUUUAGAAGAUCUGUACGAGUUCCCCACAUUGGAGAAAGACCUGAAGGAGUUUCAGAAACUUCUGCGUCGCAGGCACACGGUGGAUGACUGCCCUCCAAACCAAAAGAGCAAACAAACGUAUCAGCAUAUGAGUCUGAAGGAAAACUGUUUGCAGCUCCGCAGUCCACAGACCGAUACCAGAGAGGUUAUUUGCUGCGUGUACGUGAGUGCCGACUCCUACCUGAGUGUCCACACGCAUCCCUCGCUGGAGGCCCAUGAGCUUCUGCGGAUUGUGGCUCUGAAGAUGGACAGAGCAGAAGAGGACAUGGUGCUCGCCGUGGUGUUGCACACUGGAGAGCGGAGGGUGUUACAGCCCAGUGACUGUGUGUACUCGGAGUCUCUGACCCCACAAGGAAAGCUUGUGGCCUGUCGCAGGGAUCUUACUGAGAUCUUGCCUCCUUUAACAGACAGUGCUGAGCUAAGCAGGAGGCCAGUUCGACUCCUGGGCAUCAACACCUGGGAUGUGGCAGCUGCCCUCACACACCUGGACUGGAGUCUCUUCAAAUCCAUUCAUGAGCAAGAGCUGGUGUACUACACUCUGAGCCGCGCUCCUGGCACUGGCCACACGGCGGCGCUCUCAGUCCUGCUGCAGCGCUGUAACGAGGUCCAGCAGUGGGUCAUGUCCGAGGUGCUCAUGUGUGUAUCGCUCAACAAGCGAGUACAGCUUCUCAAGAAGUUUAUCAAGAUUGCAGCUCACUGUAAAGCCCAGAGAAAUCUGAACUCUGCAUUUGCCAUCAUCAUGGGUCUUAACACAGCUGCUGUCAGUCGACUCAACCAAACGUGGGAGAAAUGUCCGGGGAAGUUCAAGAAGCUCUUCUCAGAGCUGGAACUCAUCACGGAUCCAUCUCUGAACCACAAAGCCUACAGAGAAGCCUUCAAGAGGAUGAAACCUCCUAAGAUCCCUUUCAUGCCUCUUCUCUUAAAAGAUAUCACAUUUAUCCACGAGGGAAAUAAGACCUUCCAUGACAACUUGGUCAACUUUGAGAAGUUGCAUAUGAUUGCAGACACGGUGAGAAUGAUUCGCCACUGCCAAAGUGACCAGCCAGGCAACGAGGUAAUUGGGGUCGACAGUGCGGAGGUGAGGGCGAGCGUUCACUACCUGCACAUUAUCGACAAUCAGCAGACGCUUUUUGAACUUUCACACAAACUGGAGCCCCGCGCUUAAACAGACACGCACACACACGCACACACACACACACACACACUCACAGAGACACAAUAGUGGAAAUGCUGCUGUGUGACGUAGAGGACGCUCUGUACAGCAAAAUGUCACACGCCGACAACAAGUUAUGCCACCAGCAGUGGUGCCAAAUGGACAACAAGGUGUGCUCUGGUAAAAGCCAAACACAUGCCAAGAAAGGAUUUAUAAACUGCGCUCGACCUGUGAACUUUCUACAAGAGCCGAAUUUGCGCAGCGAAAUGGAGAUUUGCCAAACGGAGACAGAGAGCAGAGGAGGCUGUAAUUAGUUUGUACAGUAUCUAUUGGACUGAGUAUGUCAUCGUUUUGUUCUUGUGAUCGGUCUUUUGUUAUUUAUUAGCCUGUUCAGCAGGUUGAAUUUUUAAACUUUAUUUUUUUGCCGUCACGUCGUCGUGCCCCCUGAGGGGUCAGUAAGGACUCAAUAGCCUCCUUGUUACAUUUCAGUUCAGCUACAAACACAAAAGCACCUGUAGAGGAGUGAAGGACCUGUGGCCACUAUCUGUACUGUGGGUGCUCUAAUCUGUUUUUAUCUACAUGGAACAUCUUUGACUUGUGAUACAUUAAGCCUACACAUGCUGUAGUUAUUUAGUUGAUGGUGUGCAGCUUUUUUUUGUUACUGUGAUGAGGCAGCACACUUUACACAGCGAUACUCACUCAGACUUUCUCUUUGAUCUAUAGAGUCUGUGAGUAAAAUAAGGUGCACUGUUAACAGUGAAGGAAACACUGGACAAGCUGAAGUUUGUUUGCUUUUUAUCCAACUCCUGUUUGACUUUUAAGGCCGACACUCCUCGUGCACUCUUCUCUAUGGUGUUUUUGUGUGAACAGUUACUGAUAACACUGCAUUGUGUAUAUGGACCUACACAUUUUUCAGUGCCAAAACUCACGUGGAGUCUUGCGGCACGAUUGUACUGUGAGGCUCUUGGUUUGUUUAGGAAUCCGUGUCUUUUUGUCACAGAGUUUUAUUUCCUGGAAUAAGGAAAAUCUGACGUCUUAGUUCUCACUGAGAUGCUGUUUGACUUCAUCGUGACUGAGUUCAGGGUGUGUGUGUGAGAUUGUAUCGGGCUUCUGUUGAAACAAGGCCCCAGCACAGAGCUAUGGUCUCUUUUUUUAUGUUUGUUGUUGUGUUUUAUUGUGUUAGACAGAUAAAGUCAAAGUAUUCCAACACAAGACACAAAUAAUGGCUUUAUGCCACAGAAUUGUGGUUUAAUUCUUUACCCCUUUAAGCGCUUUUUCUAACCUGAGUGGUUUCUGUCAUAUUUCAGGCCCACUUAUAGAACAAAAUGACUGAGUGUGCCUCAGAAGUUAGUGCGGGUGGUCUCUGCCUACCUUUGGAAAAACCCAGAAACUAGUCUAAUGGUCAUAAAACCACAUCUUUGUUGAUAUAUGCUGAGGUGUCAGAGGUCAUCAUUGAGGGUUCAUUAAGAGUUAAGUGGAGAUUUCGAUUAAUUCCUACUGACUGAAAAUAUCACUUCAUGGAGAAGUGGUCUCAUGUAAACUCUUUGAAAGAUAACAAAGGGUGAGACGGAAUAAUGGAAGCACAAUUACACAGAAUUCCUCUAUAAUAACACGUGCAUGGAUGGGAUAUUUAAUUUUGGUUCUUCUAUAGAUUGUUGAUCCUUUUAAUUGUGGUUCUCUCAAAGAAAUCUACUUUGAAUCUAAUUAGUUCCCAAGUUAUGUUGUUGUCUUGUUGAUAAAGCCAUAAGACGUGAAAAACACUUAUUUAAUAUUUCCAUUGUGUAGAAUCUGCCGUCUUGUUACACAAACUAUCACUCUGCAAUGAAAGAAAUUGACUACUGGAUGAAUCACAGAGGAGUAAUGACAGAUGAUGAGAAAUAGAGAUUAAGGAGAAAAAAACAUACUAGUAUUUUCAUUAUUUUGUGCCCGAUAUCUGUUCAUACCUAGCCUGUUAUUUCACUAAUACAUUUCUGCUGAGUGGGAGGAAACAUCCAGAUGCCACACGUGUGUUGCAUUGUUUUUGAUUCUUAUAAGGCAAGACAUUAGGAUGAAGUGCAAUACAGUAGAAAUGUUGCCACAAGUGUCCACCAUCAUUAUUUAAACACUUUCAGAGCAAAGAGCUGUUUUUUCCCCUCUAGAUCAGAACCUUCUUAAAAUUCUUGACACCGUUUUAGUGCCAAAGGCAUCGUUGGUUCUUUACAAGAAAGAACUCAAGGAUGUGAAGGUGAAGAGUCACUUUAAACAUAGUUUUUGUGUUAUAAGCUGCUUCUCACUGUGCAUUAAAGAUUCUUUGAAACAUACACUCUAACUCUUUUGUUGUCACUGAAUGUUUUGCAGACACAGCUUUAGUCUGCGUUUCAUUGCUUGUAUUUAUCUUAAGAGUAUUUGAGUUGUGUAAAAUCCUCGAGUCCAAACAGUCGUGCUUUAGAGAAAGAAAACAACAAGUUCAGAAUUUGGUUAAAAGUCGGACCGAGCGUUCAUCUGUAUGCAUCUGAUCUUUGCCAUCAUUAGCUGCAGGUUGCUGCACUAAACGAAUCUAACAUAACUUCUUCUUAUUUUAUUUUAUUUUUUUGGUUUUAUUUUUUUUUCUCUUCAAAUUUUUAAAGGAGGAAAGCAAGCUGGUGGUUCUUUGCCUGGCUAGAGGUGAUAAAUGAGAGCCAUGAUCUGUUUGAAUUCAGUGUCACAUGAAGGCCUUGUGGUAGUCAUUUUUACUAUUAACCUGUAAACGAAGCGCACAUGCACACACACCUCUGCUCGUUGUGUUCAGAGAGCAGAAGUUAUUUAUUGUAAUAUAUCGUUUAUUUAUGUAUUUCAUAGGUGGAAAAAAAUGUCUCUGUUUUUUGUGCCAUGUCAGGAGUUUCAACAGUGCAGAAGAAGAUGUUUGUGGUUUGAAACUGCUAAAGAGGGAAAGUAAAAGGACUUGCUGUCACGUUCUGUGGCCACAUGAGGGCAGCAGAGGAUGAGAUCGGAGAUCAGAUUUCUUUGUUGUUGCUUUUUUUUUGUUAGCAGUAAAAACUGUAAUAGGGAGGAGACGAACAGAGACUAUAUGUAGUGUUAAUCGGCCACUGUUAUGAGUGUCUAAAGUUACUUUUUUUUAGAACAGUGUUGUUCAAAACCUGUUUGCAUGACGAAAAAAAAACAAAACAAAACCACAAUGUUCACAAUGCAAGAGAGGACAUGUUGAAGGCUUUGUACUAUUGUAAUAUUGUUGAUGUGUAAAUAUAUGCCUAUGUUUGGUAUGUUAUUUAUCUGUUGUAAAUGGGGGAAAAAAAGAAAGAGUAACCACAAAGCAAUACGUCUCCCUUUGUCUCCCCUUGACCUUCAGACGGCUGAAGUCACGUCUUUUCUAAAGCUGCGUUUUACUAUGUGAAGAUUUUACUGAAAAUGAAUAAAUUAUAGGUUUUAUGUGACAUA